AUGGACAUUUCCUGUACUGUACUAUGCCCGACCGGAGUCUUCCCCCAGUUCCAGUUUCUUUUAGCAAUCCGUCAAACUUCUUUUUAG